AUGGCUGCGACGUUCGGCCCUGCCAUGGGCCGCAAUGAAUCGUCUCCGACGCUCCAACCCUUGACCUACGAUGCUAGACAAAACACGCUUUCGCCUACCUCUUCACGGCGAGAUGCGCCGCUCGCGAUUCCCGACUUCGUUUUCCCUGCCCAGCCCGCUCCUUCAGAAUCCGCUACCGAUCUCGACUCGGCUGAGCAGCCUUUACCCGCCUCUCUCAACCACGGAGAGUUCAGCUUUCCCGCUCGCGAUAGGCGUCCUCACCGACCUACUGCCCUUCCCGACUUUAGCUUCAACCCUGGUGCUUCCGUCCCUCAUGGUCUCAACUCGCCCGCGCUGCUCAGCCCGCCUACCUCGCCCAACUCUUCCAAUCCCACACCUUCUGCGUCCCGACCCAUUCGCCAUGGCCAUCGUAGAGGGGGCAGCGAGUUUGUCGGCGGGAGCAUACGUGAUGGUAGUUCCAUUGCCGUCAUGAGCACAAGCCCAACCAAGGAAACUGGCUUCCCUCAGUCGCUGCAGCCUCCGCCGCCUCGACGAGGCCAUAGAAGAGGCAUGUCCGGUGCCAUUUCUACGAAUGACUUACCUAUCCUGCAACCGCCUGUCAUGGAUUGGACGCCCAAGGGCAGCAGUGCUCCCAAUAGCCCGACCAACUUUGACCGAGGAAUCAAUACCACUAUUCCACUCGCUGACGACCCUGCAAUACUCACUGCGCUUCCCGAACCUGUCCAGGAACCUCCAACUCCUGCAGCCUCGGCCCAGGGUUUUAACGACUCCAUCCCGCCCAGCCCCAACCCUCCGAGAGCCACCACCAGAGCUCGUGUUGGCUUCUCAGACACCCUAGAGUUUAUUCCUCGGCCACUGUCCCUGGUGUCUAGUGAUACGUCCAGCACUGUGACCGCGCGACCAGGACACUGCAUGUCUGAGAGCAUCUCGUCUGUCGUUUCCCCUGUUUCCAUCGGAGAAGAUCAUAGCCCUGUCGUCCUCUCGCGCAGCCCGAUCAGAGAAACGCGAGAAUCGAGACCAUCUACCGCCGGUGCCAUUCUGGAGACUGUUGCUAGCGCCCAACCUGAGCAGGCAAAUACAUCGCCCAGACGCCGAAACUCUAUUCCAGCACUCAUCAGCGUUGGCGAACCAUUGGCCGCCGGUCCAGCGUUGCCCAGCCCCACGAGAGCCCCGAAGCGGUGGUCAUUCUUUGGACUGGACACGUUUGGACCCUCGAACAUGUCAACAAAGUCCCGUCCCAUCAGCUCAAGCUCUUCGGAUUCUGCCUCGCGCGCCCACACUGUCUCGUCAUCGGACCGAGGAUCAGAGUCCGACAGCGCCGAACCCUCGGAGCGAAAGCAGAAAAAGAAGAACAGAAAGUCUCGAGCCCAGACCGUCAAGGGCUGGGCAGGCGCCAUUCUACCCAUCAAGAACAAGAGUGAGAAGCGGCGACGUAAGCCUAGUGAUGUACGACCACCUACGCCGCCGCCCUCCGUCACGCCGAUGGAUGAGGAUGGGGACGACGAGGAAGAUUAUGCUGAUGAACAAGAGCCUGUUCCUGGCCCACCUGUUCUUAUUCAGCCACCAGAGCUCCCAACCUUAGUGACACAGCAGCCGCGCCGAUCAGAUGAGGUCAUGUCACCCAUGAUUGACCUUGAUGCCGCACUCGGUCCAUUCAAUACACCACUCGCACACAAUCCAGAGUGGGAAGCGGCACAGCGCGCCGCUGGCAGUGCCGGCAGACGUCGUCUCCAUAGUGCUCAAGGUAUGAAGGGAUUUGGCGGUCCUGGUAUGCACUACCAUCGACGAGCUGAAUCCGCUCCCGAUCUGCCACCAUUUGAUGCUGGCCGGGCUGGCAUCAAUCGAUUCAGUAGCAACUCGACAAUGGCCGAUGUUUUUGAGGAGGAGGAGGAUGAAGAGGCGGAUGAGGGCAGUGACGGCGGUAACACGACGGCCACCCCGGAAACGGAUAACAGGUGGGAACACAAGACCGAGACCAUCAUCUUCAGCGAUAGUGGCUCUGAAACCACUAGCCUACGUGGUCUUGCUGUUCGACGAAAAAGCUCUGGACUUAGCGACAAGGAGCACAACGCUGCUCGCUCUGUGCGUGCCGAAUGCUCACGGACAUCCCUGCAUGAAAGUGUCAUUGUUGAGGAACCUGCCAUUUCGAAACCUGUUCUGCAAAGCCCUGUCGCGUUGCCAAGCCGCAGAUACUCGUCGGACUCGGGUGCGCAUUCACCGAAGAGGAUUCUGCCGAUGCUAAGCAACGAGCGCCUGCCUAUUGAUGCAAUUCCCCUGACACUCCCGCAAGGUGCCUCUAUGCCACUAAGCCCUUACUCGAUGAGCACAGCGUCGCCACAUCCCUCUCCAAGGUCUCCCAUGUCUGAGGCUCAGCGUGUCUCGACAGCGCCCUCUUCAGUGGCCGAAGAUAAGUCUUUUCAGUCUCUGCUCAUGGGCGAACCCGGUCCUGAAGUGCGCAUCUCGAUGGACUACGAUCUCCCCUCUAUCGCCUCUAGCACAUCGACCAUGCCAGGAGAGCCCAUCUUCAACCCACAAGCGCGUCCUAGGCCAAGCACUUUUCGGGACCAGCGACCAGUGUCUGUUUCCUCGGCGGCAUUCGGUCGUCGGCGAUCUAGCCUCAUCAGUCUCAGUCGACUUAUCAGUAGCUCCCACGGGGAGCGCAGCAAACUCUCCACGGAGCUGACAUUUGAAGAGGCUGAGAGCAGAGCUGCACGAGGUAGCAGGACAAAGAAAUUUGGACGACUGAUGCAAUUCUGGAAGCCAAGCAAAUCUGGGCCCUCUACGCCUCUCACACCAUUGCAGCUCCUUGUUUUUAUACCAGGUAGCGCGGGUCAUGGAGGAAGAUGA